AUGGAGAGCGAUGAGACUUGGAGCCUCGAUUUGAGCGAUCUCCCGGUGUCCAGACGAGCGAACGAGAUCGCGUGUGCGGUGGAGAAGAAUGCCGUGACGGUGAUUAUAGGGGAGACGGGGAGCGGGAAGACGACGCAGAUACCGCAAAUACUGUUGAAAGCGGGUGUCAUCGCCGAAGACAAGGCUGUGUGCGUGACGCAGCCGAGACGAGUGGCCGCUGUGAGCGUCGCCAAACGCGUGGCGGAGGAGAUGCGCGUAAGGGUUGGAGAAGAGGUUGGCUACGGCGUGCGUUUUGAAGAUAGGACGUCCACGGCAACGAGGAUCAAGUAUGUUACCGAUGGCACUCUGUUGCGCGAGCUUCUCGAGGAUCCGCAACUGUCUAAGUACUCAAUUGUCGUCCUUGAUGAAGCGCACGAGCGUUCGUUGAACACAGACAUCUUAUUUGGAGUAUUAAAAAAACUCGUGACCACUCGUGCAGAGAAGUUCAGGCUGGUGAUCACGAGCGCUACUCUCGAUGGUGAAAAGUUUUCACGUUACUUUGGUUCUCCGGUAUUUACUAUACCUGGACGGACAUAUCCGGUGCAAAUCGCGCAUAGUACCCACGCGCCGCGUUCAUACUUUGAGAGUGCGAUCGAGACGGUGAUGGAUAUUCACUUGAACGCCGGUCCGGGUGAUGUGCUGUGCUUCUUGACAGGGCGAGAUGAAAUUGAGAAGUGCUGUCGCCGUAUCGAAGAUGCAGUGCGAACAACGAGGCAGUGUAUGGACAUGCAAGUUUUACCUUUGUACGCGUCGCUUACUCCGGAUAUGCAGUCGAGAGUGUUUCAACCGCACGACGCGAACGUUCGACGAGUCAUUGUGGCGACAAACAUUGCUGAAACGUCGUUGACUGUACCUGGAAUUGUUUUUGUGAUCGAUCCAGGCGUUGUGAAACAGAUCGAGUAUGACGCAGCAACCGGUAUGGAAUCUUUGCAAGUCGUUCAAAUUAGCAAAGUACAGGCCCAGCAGCGAGCUGGGCGUGCCGGGCGUACUCAGGCUGGGAGAUGCUACCGACUCUACACGAAGGACGCGCUCGAGCACGACAUGCCCAAAGUGACUCGUCCAGAGAUACAGCGAACGUGUCUUGUCGCGACCAUUCUGUAUUUGAAAACAUUGGACCUGAAAGAUUUGGAUGUCAUGACGUUCGACUUUUUGGACGCUCCCGACCCGGACCUCAUCGCGGAUGCGCUCAGGCAGCUGUACCUCCUUGGCGGUAUCGACGACGAUGGAAAUCCAACCCGUGUCGGGCGCGAGAUGAGCACGCUACCGCUAGAACCAAGUUUGGCGCGUGCCAUGGUUGAAGCUCGGCAUUUCGGUUGCGUUCUCGAGACCGCGACGGUCGCGGCGAUGUUAAGCGUGGGUCAGCACUACGACGAGGCGACAAGUCUACUCGAACUCGUAUCGCAUGAUGACUUUCUGAUGGGUGAUCACAUCGUGCUUCUUCGUGUAUUUCAAGCAUGGGAGCGAGACGGGUAUCGACGAAGCUUUCUGAAAAGAUUCUCGUUAUCUGAGAGAGGUAUGGAGUUUGCCCGUGACAUACGUAAGCAGCUUCUCGGACUUGUCGAGGUGACACGAACUUCACACGAUCAAGGUUUGAGAAUGUUGCGGCGAUCACUUUGCGUGGGAUUCGCGACAAAAAUAGCGCAUAGACUGCCUCAUCAUAACGGGUAUCGGACACUAGGGGAGCAUUCGACGCUGUGCCAAGUGUAUCCCACCAUGGCCCGUCAGCUUGCCGAUGAUGAUGGCUUGCUUCCAGAGUGGAUCCUCUUCCACGAGUUCGUUCUGACGUCUCGUCCCUACUUGAGAUAUGUGUGCAAGAUCGAGUCUGAAUGGAUUUCGAAGCAGCGAGAGAUGUUGUCUAAGAAGAUCGACAUUCACCGACUCAGCAGAGGCGCACUCAACCCAUCUCUGUCAAGUCAGCUCAACACGAAACCGACAGCGACAGAGGUAGACGUCGGCUUGAAAGCGCCUGGGGCGCGCAAAACCACGGAAGAGGACAUUUCUGCGGCGCGCGAGCGCUAUCUCGCACGUAAGAGGAAAGCAUUAGAUUGA